CAGUUUUCCGGCCAUCGGUGAAGCAAUUAGAGGAGAUGGACCAGCUUGGGGAGAUGGCUAGUGUGACGGAACCGGAACGCGAUCGCCUGCUCGUUUCAUCCCCUGUUACUCCUGCUUAUGUUCGGACAUCGACCAGUAGGGCUCGGAAAAAGGAAUUUACAGGUGGUGAUGAAGAUGAUGUGGAGGAGGCUUGUAGGAGUUUUGAGAAUUAUUUGGCUGAGAUGAUAGUGGAAGAACAGAAAGUGAAGGAUUUGAUGGAUGUAGAAGAGCUUCUCCAAUGCUGGAAGAAUUUGAAAUGUCCUGUAUUUACAGACAUGGUUGGUAGAUUCUAUGGGGAGCUAUGCAAAGACCUCUUUUCAGGUGAGGAAGGAGAGAGUGUUGAUGUAUCAAACUGACCGGCCUGAUGUUCU